AUGGAUGGAAGCCCUCUUGGAAAGAUAUCAAGUCCACGAGAUCGCCCUAUUGGAAUCUACACGUCGCCUUUACUCCCAGGUGCCUUUCAUCGGGUCCUCUUAUCUUUGCCGUCCGAAACUCCCGGCUCCGCCGACCAGGUGACUGUGAAAAUAUGUACUCUAUGCGAGUCAGCUCACCUGCAACCCACUCCAAGCCUUGCAUCUGUGGAUCUGCCAACUGUCAUCUCCCCCAUCAACAUAUCUGCUCCUUGGGACUCCAUACAGGGCUCCAUUUCUCCAUUACCGACACCCCAGCCACCUAUCACUGUCACCAGCAUCCAUGAAGUCUCUCCAACACGCGAUGCAGUAGGACCAUCGUCGGUUAGGCAUGAUUCACUCCCAUUCACAUUACCAUCCCCAUUAUUGCCAUCGAUAACUUCUCAACGGGGCCCGCCUCACUCGUUGAGUCCUCGACGCCUUCGUCCUGUCGACGGCUUCAUGGCUUCUACCACCAGUCUAAACACACGCGAGAGUACAUCAUAUGGAUCCAUCACUUCGUCUUCGCAAUCUUCCAAGAACCUGCACUCUUACGACAUGUCGACAAUGAAGCGCUCUAUUGAGAAGUGGGAUCCCAUCGUGGAUCUCCCCGUCAUGUCGUUGCCACCAGAUGUGCCUGACGUUGUCCCCUCACCAAUGAGUCUCACUGCCCGAUCUUCAGAUACCUUCCCUCUAUUAUCCCAUUCAUCUCGCUCGCUCUCGUCGUCAGUCCGAAGUAUUCCCACGCCCUCUUUACAUGUACGUGGAAGUGGCGGUGGUGGCGGCGGCCAUGGCAGCUGCAGUAGCGGCAGCGGCGGAGGCAGCGGAUUCGGUGUAACCGGGACUAGCGGAACCACUAUUGGUAGUAGCUUUCGCGACUCUCAUGCUUCGUCAACAAGUCUUGUCCCUUCACUGCGUGUGAACCUCGGUCCAACCACAGCAUCUUCCUCCGUGCUCACCAACAGUAGUAAUGCGCCAUUGUCAUCAUCAACAUCGUCGUCGUCGCUUGGUGGGAAUGUCAGCGCAUUUGCACACAGUCUGUUCAGUUACUUGCCAUCUCCAGCCGUGAUGACCAGUCACAGUUCUCAGACGACUCACACCGCUGAGAGCCCGAAUCUACCAGCUCUCUGGCAGCGUGUAUGCAUACGGACCUUGCCUGUAUUUUCUUCGGGCACGAGUGGCUUUUCUGUCGAAGCACUGGGCGAUUCAGUUGAAACAUAUGUACGGCUCGUUCAUGAGCGAGAUGCCAAGCAUGCGCGUGCUAUUUUACAUGAUCAUUUUGAGAAACUUGUGUCGACAGGCCUGCAUGGCAUGGCAGUUCAGCUUCAACAAAAUGAUGGCCUACACUUGCUUAGUGAGUUUUUGCGCACGUGGAAGCACUACUAUGGCACAGUGAUCCCAUUCCUGCAUGCCUCUUUCUUGCCGCUUGAGUCCAAGUUAUGGAGCUUGGAUUUACUUUAUGCCACAUCGUUGCACCGUUCGGACGCAUCAAACAUGCCACACAUGUCGAAUGCAUCGGACAGAUCAGUUGAUACAAGCGCACUGAAAGCAUCGAGUACGCAGAUUUUACGACGUCGCGAGUCUGACGCACUUGAUUCACCUUCGCCUGCUCUCCAAGCGUCGCCCUCUGGGCUCAUCCGAUCUUCUGUAUCUGGAUCUUCUGUACAUUCUCACUCGCUUCAAACUCAUCGGUCUUACCCACGCCCUUCGCCUGUCCCCGUUUUGUCAAGCGAUGUGCCAGAGCGGAUGAAUAUAAGACGCAUCCUUUUAAUCAUGUUUCGCGACCAUAUCGUACUCCCGAUAUGCGACUGGUUGUACAUGGCAAGCUCUCAGAUGGAGUACACAAACAAUCUGGACCAUCCGGCCAGCUCACCCAUUAUGGGCCUUCGGCCACAGCUCAUGCACCUUGUAAACAUUAUGAACAGUCUAGGUACAGACGACGCAUCACAAGACCGCAUUGAACGACUGCGCCGCGGCAUCUUGACGCAUGGGGCGUUUUCACCUCGUGUGUCAUUCCUUGACCCGGCCCAAAGACCUAGUCUGUCUGCACAACUAUCGCCAAUCUCGCCCGUUCCCAGUCACUCGAUGUGCAACAGUACAUCCACUUCUCCCUCUCUUAAUACGCAAACAUAG